AUGUCAUUGCCUACUAAAACGCUAGAAUGUGAUGGCCGUCAGUGUCAUAAAUGCGGCAAAUGUCGCGAUCAUGGUGCUCGUGCUGGCGCUCGCAAGGGCGCUGCGGCCGGGGUGCUGAGUAUAGGUGCCUUUGCUGGUGUUUCUGUUUUUCUUGUAGCCAUUUUUGGUCCGCUUGGUGCUACUGGUCUUAUACUUGCUGUGGGUGGUGCUGCUCUUAGCACUGCUGGUGGUGCUGUUGUCGGAGCUGGUGCAGGUGCUAUUUGCGGUUCCGUUGGAGCCAAAUUGUGCGAAGCUGGCGUAUGCAAAUGUCGUGACAAACAUCAAAAAAUGUCAUAA